UUUUAUCUGAUUUUCUCUUCCUGCCAUUUUCCCACGAAAUAAAUUCUCGGCAACCAAACAACAAAUUCCAAAUAGAAAGAAAGGAAUACAGCUCGGAAUGAAGACCUGCAGUAAUGGAUCAUAUUCUGCUUAUCUACUGUCUUCGCUAUGCAUUGCAUUCGUGAUUGCCGUUUUCGUGCUCUCAGGCUACUUCGAUACUUCAAUUAGGUUUUCUGUAUCGACUUUGAAAUAUUCGAUACCGCUGAUUGAGUUGCAGAGCAAGGUUCUAAGUUCCGAUCACGAUGAUAAUGCCCGAGCUGUUCGCUCAGCCAGAUUUACCGCUGGUUUUAGCAUCAACAGCCUCAGAAACCAAAGCGUCAUAAGUGAGGUUGUGAGUUCCGAUCCUGACGAUGAUCAUGCUCAAGCUGUUCGCUCCGCCAGAUCUACCACUGGUUUUAGCUUCAACCGCCUCAGAAACCAAAGCGUCAUAAGGAGAAUCGGAAAACUGAGUGGAGAAGAAAAGGUGGAACGAGGACUCGCCAGAGCGCGAGCUUCUAUUCUCCGAGCAACUUCCGGUGGAAACGUUUCGUCGUCGACGACGACGACGGCGGCAAUCAAUGACGAUGGCAAUUACGUUCCCAACGGAGUUGUGUAUCGUAACCCUGGCGCAUUUUAUCGGAGCUAUAUGGAAAUGGAGAGAAGAUUCAAGGUGUAUGUGUAUUCAGAAGGAGACCCACCAAUGACUCAUCAUGGGCCAUGCAAGGACAUAUACUCCAUUGAAGGGAGGUUCAUACACGAGAUAGAACACGGCAGAGGGGAGUUCAGGACAAGCGAUGCGCAUCGAGCUCACGUUUUCUUCAUGCCUUUCAGCGUAACCAUGAUGGUCAAGUACCUGUACCAGCCUUUGUCUUACAACCUUACUCCUCUAAAGCACUUUGUGUCUGAUUAUGUGAGAGUGGUAUCUAUGAAAUAUCCCUUCUGGAAUAGAACUCAUGGGGCUGACCACUUCAUGCUUACUUGUCAUGAUUGGGGUCCCCAUGCAUCACAGGGAAACCCUUUCCUAUACAAUACAUCAAUUCGAGUCCUCUGCAAUGCCAACACCUCCGAAGGUUUCAACCCUCAAAAAGAUGUCAGCCUCCCCGAAAUCAAACUUUACGACGGCAAGGUAUCCCCCAAACUCCUCUCACCGCCACCGGAAAAUGCUCCACGUCCAUACCUUGCAUUCUUUGCCGGCGGACUCCACGGCCCAAUCCGGCCAGUCCUUCUCCGGCACUGGAAAAACCGGGACAGUGACCUCCUGGUAUACGAAUACCUCACUAAAGACCUGGACUACUACUCCUUGAUGCUGCAGUCCAAGUUUUGCCUUUGUCCAAGUGGGCACGAAGUGGCCAGUCCAAGAAUAGUUGAGGCAAUUUAUGCAGAAUGCGUGCCAGUAAUUCUAUCAAAGAACUAUGUGCUUCCAUUUAGUGAUGUGCUAAGAUGGGAGGCAUUUUCGAUACAGAUCGACGUUUCGGAGAUUCCGAAAUUGAAGGAGGUUUUGAAGGCAGUUCCGGAGGAGAAGUAUAGGAGAUUAAAGGAAGGGUUAAGGGUUGUGAGGAGGCAUUUUGUGUUGAAUGAUCCUGCUAAGAGAUUUGAUGUGUUUCAUAUGAUAUUGCACUCCAUAUGGCUUAGGAGGAUUAACGUCAGGCUUGCGUAGAAGUUUUUUUUAGUUCCUUUUUUAUUACAGAUAUUGAGAGCCACAGGUUUUGUGCGUUGCGCGUGCAUUUUUUAUGCAGAGCCUUUCAUCGAAAGCUAGCUUAAUGAUAUUUGAUACAAUCCAAUUUACCCUACAGAAAUAUAUUAUAGUUUGCAGACGUCAUACUUAUGCAU